GAUAUAAAAUUUCAGUAUUUUGGUAUUUUCUUUCACGGAAAUAUAAAACAAAAGAGCAGAGAUGCGUAAAUGCGGUCCAUCUGGGGAGUGGAUGAACUAUGAUGCCAACUUGUCAACACCAAAAUCGGUAACACAUGAAAUGCUUGAAGCUGGACGCAAAACAAUAUCAAGCAUCAGAAUAAUCGCUAGAAAGCAACUUAAUUUUCAAUCUUAUCCAAUGAAUGAUUUCCGCUUUAAUUUGCUGCAUUUCGAUAAGACGAAGGAUGUGGACCGUAAUUCAACAUAUAAAAGGGAUUAUGUGCCGCCAUUCCCACCGAAAUGUAAGCCUAAAAACAUUCAUGAUGUAGAAUUGCCGGAUCCGCUUUUCAAUCGAAGGACAAUAAAUGAUUUCGAGAUGUUACCAUGGGUGGAUACAAAGUUUAUGGAUGAUAAACUAUCAAAUAUAUCGGAGUCACGUAGAAAAAUAAAUUUCUUUAGACAAUUACGUAAUCGGAGUUUUCAAUUUUAAGAAAGAAGUAUGUGCAUACAUAUAUGAUGACAUCAUAAUUAUUUUUAUAUCAAUGUGUGUACCCAUAUUUUGUUCGCAUAUGAAAAACACAAAUUGGCAUGUUCCUUAAAUAAAAUUAUAUUUA